GAGGGAAUUCGGAGCACAGAGCAGCAGCAGUCAGUCCCGAACAGAUUUCCCGCAAAGUCCGGGAUUUUUUUUUUAUACACACGCACACACCCUCCCGCAGCUGCUGCUGGACAAGGCGGGAGCAUGCAGUCGCCUCGCAGGGACAAACUGCAGAACUUCUAACCAGCCCGGCCUUGGAUGUCGCACCCUUGACUCUGUGGAUUAACUACCGUACAGGUUUAAAAAGAAACUCCUGCACAUACACAAACACGACCUCUCCUGGUAUUCACCCGGCGCCGAGACCGUUGGAAACUUUGGGGAUCAGCUGUGAAACACUGGUCUUGGCCCAGGAAUUGUCCAGAAGAAGUAUUGCCUAUUCGACUGAAAUGGGAAGUAAGACUUUGCCCGCUCCAAUCCCCCUACACCCACCGCUGCAGCUGACGAACUAUUCGUUCCUGAGGGCGGUAAACACUUUCCCAUCGGCCGUGGACCAGCUGCAGGGUUUGUAUGGCCUCAGCACCGUCCAGACCAUGCACAUGAACCAGUGGACUACCCUGGGCUAUCCUCACCUGCACGGGAUCGCCAGGUCGACUUUUACUGAGAUGGCUGCCGCUCAGGGCUUCGUGGACAGCAGGUUCCCCUUCCCAGCGCUGCCUUUCAGCGCACACGUCUUCCACCCCAAGCAAGGCAGCCUCACCCACGUCCUGCCCGCGCUGCAGAAGGAGCGCCCCCGCUUUGACUUUGCCAACCUGGCGCUGGCAGCCACCCAGGAGGACCCGCCAAAGCCCGGAGACUUUCCCAAGCUCAGCGCCGGGGUCGGAGGCUCUCACGGGGAGGUUGGUAAACUCACCCUGGACAGGAAACCUUCCAGGGGCAGACUACCCUCCAAGACCAAAAAAGAAUUCAUCUGCAAGUUCUGCGGCAGGCAUUUUACAAAAUCCUACAACCUCCUCAUACACGAGAGGACCCACACGGACGAGAGGCCAUACACGUGUGACAUCUGCCACAAGGCGUUCAGACGGCAGGAUCAUUUGAGAGAUCACAGGUAUAUCCAUUCCAAAGAGAAACCUUUCAAGUGUCAGGAGUGUGGGAAAGGAUUCUGCCAAUCCAGGACUUUAGCUGUUCACAAAACACUACACAUGCAGGAAUCUCCUCACAAAUGUCCCACAUGCGGAAGAACGUUUAAUCAAAGAAGUAAUCUGAAAACUCACCUUCUUACCCAUACAGACAUCAAGCCCUACAAUUGCGAACAGUGUGGCAAAGUAUUCAGACGUAACUGCGAUCUGCGACGACACAGCCUAACUCACACUCCCCGGGCGGAUUAUUGAGCGAACCUACAGCCAAGCCACUCCGCGUUACUUGAAUUUGCUGUGAAUACUUGUAUAAAAUAAAUAAAUAUCUUCCCCCCCAAAAAAAAGGGUAAAAAAACGGACGAUAGCCAAAUCCAUGUAAUUCAAAUGUUUUAUAAUAUCCCAAUCCAAUCAGAAUCUUCGUGUAUAUAAAAUGUUUUUAUACUGCUCUAUGUCCAAUCCUCAAUGGGAUAAACUGAA